UGUGGUAUACGUGGCCUGUAGGGGGCGCUACCUCGCGGUGGUAACAUGACUGGGCACAUGUUAUCAAAGUAAAAGAAGAACAAGCUGCCAUAUUGCAGUGAUACAGCGAGUUCAUCCUAUCAGUUUUUGCAAUAAGUUUCAGACAGAAUAUAAACCAUGAUUUCUGCGCAAAGUUUUGGGGAAAAUGGGAAGAUGAAGGAUUAUCAUCAUACCGGGCCGGUAGAAUACCGGUUUUCGCCUUAUACUUUCAAUGGAGGCACUGUGCUUGCUGUAGCCGGGGAAGACUUUGCCAUCGUAGCCUCAGACACUCGUCUCAGCGAAGGCUAUUCAAUCCACAGUCGUGACUCGCCGAAAUGCUACAAGCUGACCGACACCACUGUCAUUGGCUGCAGUGGUUUCCAUGGUGACUGCUUGACACUGACUAAGAUUAUUGACGCUCGGCUAAAGAUGUACAAGCACUCCAACAAUAAGAUGAUGACCAGCGGGGCCAUAGCCGCCAUGCUCUCCACCAUCUUGUACGGCAGGCGGUUCUUCCCUUACUAUGUCUACAACAUCAUCGGAGGACUGGAUGAACACGGAAAAGGAGCGGUGUACAGCUUUGACCCAGUGGGCUCCUACCAGAGAGACACCUACAAGGCUGGAGGAUCAGCAAGCGCCAUGCUGCAACCGCUGCUGGACAACCAGAUUGGCUUCAAGAACAUGACUGGUGUGGAGCACGUGCCUCUAUCCAAGGAUAAGGCCGUCCAGCUGGUCAAAGACGUCUUCAUCUCGGCAGCAGAGAGGGACGUGUACACCGGGGACGCUCUUCAGAUCUGUCUCAUCACCAAGGAGGGUGUGAAGGAGGAGAUGGUCACACUCAGGCGGGAUUGAGUUCCCUCGGUCUUCUCUACAAUCUCACUUUCCAUCACCCUUUUACCGUUUUGUUCAUUAUACAUUCAGUCCCUUGGAAUAAGAGUGCUGAACUCAAGGGUUUGCUUAUCUAAACAAAAAAUGUCUGGGUUCUUUGUCUCCGUCACGUUGGUGUCGUUGAGGUCAAGUGGUUUUAAUUAGUAGCCCUACAUCAGCCCUGCUAUUCUGAAGAGUGCCCUUUCCCGUCCCCCCGGGGAAAGUCGCUUGCCUCUUUUCUCCUCCUUGGGGAAAACCACAACCCGAAAACCAUCCACGUCUGGAUUCUGCUUGUCUUUAUUUCACGCCAAUAUUUUUACGAUCUUGUAGAAUAAAAUGUGCUGAAUUUGUUUUUUAUUGACUUAAUUUGUUUAUGCACAUAUGCAGUCACAUUUUCUUUAGAAAGCAAUUAACUAUUACAUUUUCAAUCUCCGUUAAUGAUAAGGCACAGUAGAUCUAACAGGGAAAUUAAGGUUGGUCUGGUAUACCUCCAUAUGUAAAAGUCAUAUCCAAACAGAAGUUUAAUGUAUCUGAACCACUUGAUUAACUUUGCAAGUUAUGCAUUUGGAAAGGCUACUUAUUGCACUCACUGAAAUAAAAUGAUGCUGCUCCCGUUUAAAGGCAAACAUCAGAUUUGUGAAUGCCUUCAAAAAUAAAAAAUAUUGCAUCCAGUAUUGUUUAGAAAAUGGAGGACUGGUGCUUCUUUGUAGCUGAUAUGACUGUUUGUCGUAUAAAGAGUGCGGCGUCCAGAGCUGGCGUUCUCCCUUUAUUGCUUCAGUGUCCUUUGAACUUCCUCAUGGACCAUCUGAAUCAUCAGGUUCUUCUCCUCACUAAAAUUGAAUGGAUAUGCUUAAUUUUACAAAUACAUAGAAUGCUUAUGCAUUUUUGUUCAAACCACACAGGUGACCAGACUUUUAUAGCCAAGACUUUCAAUGGAAUAAAAUUCUCAAUUAUGACUUUAAAUCAGGGUGUAUUG